AUGUAUAUGCGUGACAGACGUCCUCUAUUAGCGGACGAUGCCGCGAAUAAAAAAGUAGUAAUCAAUAAAUUUUCAGGAAGGGAAAUGCAGCACCGUUUGCAUGAAGAAACUCCCCCACCCAUGACGAUUAAGAGAGCGUCCGUUUGUGUUCUUUUUUUUGUUGUCGUGCUCGGGAUUCCAUUGGGAGUCAUCUACUAUUUUACGCCGUUCUUUGUCGUUGAGAACUUGGGUUGCAGGGCUCUGGAGAAACUCUGGGGGGAUGACACAGUGCG